UCUAGUGGAUAUCUUCGGUAGCUGUGUGGUGGACAUGGAUAUGUGGAUUUCACGUGGAUAUCUAGUGGAUAUCUUCGGUAGCUGUGUGGUGGACAUGGAUAUGUGGAUUUCACGUGGAUAUCUAGUGGAUAUCUUCGGUAGCUGUGUGGUGGACAUGGAUAUGUGGAUUUCACGUGGAUAUCUAGUGGAUAUCUUCGGUAGCUGUGUGGUGGACAUGGAUAUGUGGAUUUCACGUGGAUAUCUAGUGGAUAUCUUCGGUAGCUGUGUGGUGGACAUGGAUAUGUGGAUUUCACGUGGAUAUCUAGUGGAUAUCUUCGGUAGCUGUGUGGUGGACAUGGAUAUGUGGAUUUCACGUGGAUAUCUAGUGGAUAUCUUCGGUAGCUGUGUGGUGGACAUGGAUAUGUGGAUUUCACGUGGAUAUCUAGUGGAUAUCUUCGGUAGCUGUGUGGUGGACAUGGAUAUGUGGAUUUCACGUGGAUAUCUAGUGGAUAUCUUCGGUAGCUGUGUGGUGGACAUGGAUAUGUGGAUUUCACGUGGAUAUCUAGUGGAUAUCUUCGGUAGCUGUGUGGUGGACAUGGAUAUGUGGAUUUCACGUGGAUAUCUAGUGGAUAUCUUCGGUAGCUGUGUGGUGGACAUGGAUAUGUGGAUUUCACGUGGAUAUCUAGUGGAUAUCUUCGGUAGCUGUGUGGUGGACAUGGAUAUGUGGAUUUCACGUGGAUAUCUAGUGGAUAUCUUCGGUAGCUGUGUGGUGGACAUGGAUAUGUGGAUUUCACGUGGAUAUCUAGUGGAUAUCUUCGGUAGCUGUGUGGUGGACAUGGAUAUGUGGAUUUCACGUGGAUAUCUAGUGGAUAUCUUCGGUAGCUGUUUGGUGGACAUGGAUAUGUGGAUUUCACGUGGAUAUCUAGUGGAUAUCUUCGGUAGUCAUUCGAGAGAUAUAGAUAUUUUGUUCAUCUAUUAGAUAUCUAUUAGCUAUCC